UUUUUUUUUUUCCACGGUGCGGCAAAUUGGUUGAGUUGGCUCUGGGUCUCUACGCUGAGCUGGGCUGAGUUGUCGUGGAAAACACUUUCACUGCACAUGAUGGAAGACAGUGACACGACUGUAGAUUUGAGUUGUAUUGGAGCUGCUGCUGCUGCUCUUCUUGUGGCCAUGGAAGCGCAACCGAGCCAGUUUCUUGGUCUCGCAUGCGUUGAUGUCGCAUUUUCGAUUCAACUGCCAACGAGUUCGGAGGUCUUCAUGACUUGGAGCGAUGCCAGGAUAUAUAAGCUUGGGUUUGGUGCUAAUCUGCUCUCUGGCGGUCACCUCUCAACCUUAUCAGUUGCCACAUCGAUGUUCUAAUCGUUUGGAGAAUGCUUUGGAACAUAUGCGACGGCGCAGCUCAUCGGCUCGUGCUCGCUCGAUGUGGGAGCAGCCACGGCAGAGUCCGUAUCAAUUGUAUAACAGCUUCUAUGGUCAGAACAGUGAGCCCGAGGAUGAUUUCUACAGUGUGGGCAGCUCAUAUUAUCCGGGACGUGGAUAUUAUGGCAAGAACCUUCAAAGAAGUGGACGCCCCUAUCCAUUUACAAACACCGAUGGUGCUCUUGAACUGGAGGAUUUGCUUUCCUCGCCACGAAAACCCCAUAAACUGUCAUCAAUUUCCCGGGUGGAUGUGGAGGAUUUGAAAGUACGCGUACCGCCGGCUAAGUCUGCUUCGCGUUGGGUAGAGAUCGACAAGUGCAAAUUCAGUACGGAGAACUCAACACUGGAUACGCGGCUAAUCUUUCCAGAUCUAACAUUGAGUGGCAAAGUGGUUAUGCAGCCGAUGGGCGGACGUUGUCACAUGAUUCUUCGACUACGGCAUGCCGGAAUUGAGUUUCGAACAGUGCCACUUGGCUUUGAAUCAGGUUCCGGUUCAUCGUCCCCUUCGUACGAACAGUCAAGGAGACUGGGAGCUGCUUCAGUGCGAACGGACUCACACUUUGCUGAACCCGGGUUCAUAUCCGUAUUUGCCCACGGCUGCCAGGGACCCAGUGGCAUUCGACUGCGACAGAAUUCCAAACGGAGAUUCGGCACAAGCCCUCAAGUGGAAUUGGGUGAACCGAAUGUGAUUCUCGGCACCGCCGGCACUCAAACUCAACGCUGGGGUAAAUAUAAGCCCGACUAUGAUAUACGUUUGGGCCAGGAGCACACCACGCAAAGGGAUGAGAGUCUCGUGGUGGACAGUGAUAGCCAUAGUCAGGACUCAAGUGAGUUCUUUGACACGAAUGGCGACAAUUUUUAUCGUCGGCAAUUCAGCAGGCGAAAACGUCGCCGGCGACGUUAUGCCCCAGCACCGCCUAGAAAUGAUGAGUUGAGGUUCAGUGAGGAUGUUCUCUAUUUUGAGGAUGAGCAACUGCAGCAACUGGUUGAACCGGAUGCCAGAGCCUUUGCAGAUAUAUUCAGCGGUGGUGGCGCAGCAGCUGGUGGUGCUAUAAACACUAGUGGCGAUCGUGAGGAGUUGGUGGGCGAUGCCAUGUCCAAUGAGCUGGAGAAACUUUUCUCCAUGGGCGUACGUGGUCUGUUAACGACUUACAUGCAGCGGGCUCUCCAGCCGGCUAUUAAGGAGACGCUGAUGGAAAAUAUGGGAUAUACUCUAAGCUAUGGGUGACUCUCAUAUAAAUAUCAUAGGAUUUAAUUAUAUUUAUUUAUGUCCGAUUCAAUUAAAGCUUUACAACCAAUCUUUUAUUACAUAA